AUGCAGAAGGAGCCAUACGGCGUGAAGCUCAUCGACGAUACUGGCCAGUCAAUUACCAUAGACGAUGUGAUUAAGCUCGGCCGUGGUAACUUGGCGCAUAGAAAUGUUCGGGAGCCUAAUGAGGCAGGUGAAGAAGUCGUGCAAUCCGCGACAACAGAAGUUCCGACUGAUGAAGAGAUACAGAGGAAUGCGAUCGACGCCAGAUACAUUUGGUUCGAGUAUGAUGACGCUACGACUGACAGCAACGGUGUCAGCACUAGUCUUCCUAACCAUAAAGGAAAGUUCGCCACGUAUCCUCCGGGUGGAUACAUGGUGCAGCUACCCACCGAUCCCGAUGAUUAUGACAGGCGAACAGAACUCCUCCAGAUCGCCAACUUCGUCGAUUUAUCGACUCGAGCGGUGUUCUUAGAGAUGGGCGUCUGGAACAAUAACCUCGGUCUCUUCGGUGUGGUGCUCGUUACGAUAGAGUUCAGUCCAUCUGGGCUGGUCUCACCCGAGGUCCACGUCACUACCCUACAGCCUAGGGUUUUCCUCACCCCUGAGGGCAUCGGAAGUAUCGGCGAGUGGAUGACAACUUUCGGAGAAGUAAUCGUUGUCAUGUUCAUGCUUUACUACGUUGCAGAGGCAGCCACAGAGCUUGCCAAGGCCCGGUGGAAAUACUUCAACGACUCCUGCAACACGCAUCACGUACACCACCGGAUCCGCAACGACAUCGUUUCUAUAUUUCUCAAGUUAUUCAAGUUCAUCGCCCCUCUACCUCACAUCAAACUUCUACUGAAGUCGCUCCGUGGUGGUUGUCGGCAAUGGGGAGCAUUUAUCGUUCUGUUCGUCACGACAUUCGUCGCUUUUGUCACGGCGUUCAACGUUGCUUUUGGGGCUUCCAUCAAUGAGUUGUCCACUUUCGGGAAGACAUUCCUCUUCUUGUCCCGCGGCUUCCUGAGAGAUGCUGAUCUGAAUCUUAUUUAUGCUGAGAGACCAGUGGUAGGGACCGUCGCAGUGCUUUUCUACGUUGUGGUUGUGUACUUCCUUCUGGCCAACCAAAUGUUCGCCAUCAUCCUAGCUGGACUCAGUGAUGAGGUAUCGAAUGGUAGAGGCAUUGAGGAGGGAGAGAACGAUGUGUAG